GAAUCUAUUUUUCCGAGCGCUCCACCAGAGUUGCCCUGCUUGCUUUUUGGUAGUCAGUUGCUUCCCCCGUGACUUUUGCCCAACUGGCAAACUGGCAAGUACAGUACAUGGUGGAUUAUUCGCUAGACGGUUUGUUUCAAGAUCCGCCGCCCGUUUUGCCUGCCUGUCUGCCGCCCCUCCCUCCCUCCACCCUCUCUCUACUCUCUCACGCAACCCACUCCCACCCACUGUCUCACUCUCUCUCUUGGUUUCUCUCUUACUCUCCCGAUCACUCCGAAGACUUUCUCUCUUUCUUUCUUCCAUUCUACCCCAUUCUUUGCUCCUCUCACGGAACAUACCAGAAACAAAAUUAGUCGCUUCGCCACACCAGCGUUGCAUUCCUUUGCCGUUGUUCUACCUUAAGCCCCUCCCCGCCUCUCUCUUUGCGGUCCCAGCGUUUCAUCCCAG